AGGGAAACGAUGUGAAAGAAGCAAAACGCCAAACAGGUUGUAUUCGGGAACGGGAAACGUGCGACGACCUUCUCGGUUGCUCGAGGUCUCCCAAGGCUGCAAGCAAACCGGGAAGGGUUCGUCCGUCGCCGCCUCAAGAUCCCAGCGAGAUUAAAGGGAAAGAAAUUCUCAUCUUUAGAUAUCCGAGGAGAUUUUCUAGGAUUCCGGAUACUUAACGACUUGCCGAGGAUCCCAUGGGGGUCGAAAAUAAUUCGAAGAGGAGGCCAUCAGCCCCUGCUGCGUCUCCUUGCGCUCAGCUUAGAAACGCCUACCACGACUGCUUCAACAGGUGGUAUUCCGAGAAGUUCUCAAAGGGUCACUGGGACAAAGACGAGUGCGUCUCAGAGUGGGAUAAGUACAGAGCCUGCCUUGCUCAACAUUUGGAAGACAGGCAUCUGAGGCGUAUAUUCUUGGAAGCAGAAGCCUCUGCAUAUUCUAUUAAAGUUGGUAAUCUUGGACACGUACCACCCAGCCUCAUGUGCUGUACUUCAGAAGCCCCUGUUUGCAGAAAGUGUCAUGGAAUACCAUCCUGCCCUGCUUUGCCAGCACUUCCAGUGUCUUCAUGAGAUAUAUCCUGAUGUUCUGAACAUAAUUCUGAAUGACAUUGAUAUCUGGUUUGUAGGCAAUGCCACCAUGUCAUCUUGCAAUCUUCUGCACGCGCCCAGAUGUGCAGAAUAUAGAAGAGCUGGCUGUUUAUGAGGAAUAGCUGGGCAGAAAUGUUUCACACAGCAACUUGAUCUGAGUUGAAAAAUAAUGCAUGUUUGAAAUAUAUGAACAAAGAAAUAUAGAAUGGGAUAAUGCAGAUGCAUGGUUCCUUUCAGUUGUGUUUAUGACUGGACUCAACAGACUGAAAUAUUCAAGAUUUUCGAUUCUUUGAUGCUUUUGAAUUUUGAGAAACAAGAAGCAGUUGAGAGUGUUGGUUGCUGCAGCCUCAUAUCCAUUCUUGAUAGAUGCUUUUCUUGACCGUUGGGAGUUGGGAGCUUGACAUUUGCAAGCUGUUACUCUCAUGUUUCCAAGUUCAGUAUCUAUUCUCUAUAUGCACUAAUAGUUGUGAUUU